AUGAAGCUAACGAUCAUGCGGAAGCCGCCACUUAUGCUGGUGGCGAUGUUCAUGCUCACCGCUAUUGCCGGAUCCGAUCCCGUGCCCGGUGAAGUAUCCACGAACCAGGACAUACGCGUGCAGCUGGACGAUGUGAAAUCUCAUCUGAACCGCUUCAAUGCACACUACCUGGUCAAUCUUGAGCAGCGCAUUGUGACGCUUCUUACCACGAUGACGAGUUUGGACGCAAACGUGAAAACGUUGCAAGAGAAGUCGCAAAUUUGGGAUGUGUUCCAACAUCACAUCGGUGCCUGGAGCGAGCAUAUCAAAUCCGUCGACAGCAAGCUGGACAUUUUGCGCAAAGCACACGACACACCUUCGCCCACGCUUGAGACGCGCCUCUCCAGUCUGGACUUUAAGGUACAACAUAUCUUCGAAAAGGUCGAUGUGAUCAACGAGAAGCUGCACGACAUAACGAAAACCGUGUAUGCCCUGUCGAGCAGCAGUGCCAACAAUCGGGGCCGGCGUAACGAUCGCUUAGAAUCGGCAGCAGAACAAGCGGCGAUACUGACCAAAAUUGGCCAUCUGCAAAAGCAAAUUAAUCGAAUCGAAAGCAAUGGCAACAGCUGCCAGAACAAAAACAAUGGCCAGGCAAAUCGUGCCAGCGUACCGGCUAAACUUCGAAAGGACGUGUCGGAUUCCGACGAGGAGAUGGAUGAUUUUCUGGACAAGCUGACGGCGAAGAAGUUGCGCGAAAUGGUUUCCAACCGCAAGCAAUGCCGAUUGUUGGACGCACUGACGGGCACGGUGCGUUCGAUCGAGGAUCGCACAGUACGCAUCUACGAUUUGGAGGCGAACCAGUUCGAGCAAAUUCUGUCUUGCUGCCAGCGUACGAAUCACGAGGUGGCCACGUUCACAAACAGUGCGGAUAUACUUUUGAAGCGAAUCGAGCACCUGGUGCUAGACGUAGACAGGAAGGUGGAAAAGCGGAACAAUUUACACUGCACUCAGAACGGGAAAGGUGCCGAUCAACCUGUGGACCCUCCCGUCAUGUCUGUUAGCAAUGCGCAAGUGGACGAAAGUUUAGAUGCCUCCGCCCAUGUCGAUAUUGGAAGCGGCAGCGAAGAAUCAAGUACCGACGCGGACGCUAAUGUCGUAAGUGCGGGAAUGAUUGAACAACACGAAGAAAUAAGCUUCCAUCAUCCGGACAAGGAUGGGUGCCAUCAGAUACUGAAACGUAUCAGCGGUGUGUACACCUUUGCGGAGGUGGAGCUUAACGAAGCUAGGCGAGAUUACAACCGACGGUACUGUGAGUUCGCAACGGAUGGCACCGCGUGGACAGUGAUCCAGCGCCGCAAUUUAUACGAUCUGCAGGAAAACUUUAACCGCUCAUGGAAUGAGUACAAGUACGGCUUUGGCGAUCUGGGCUAUGAGUUCUGGUUGGGAAAUGACUUCAUACACAGAUUAAGUUACGAUGACAACGUAGAGCUGCGAGUCGAACUCGAAGAUUUCGAAGGCAACAAAGCAUACGCAUCCUAUGGCACGUUCCGGAUCGAGUCGGAAAAGUUUAACUACAAUCUUAUGGUGGCGGACUACCAUGGCAAUGCUUCGGAUGGUCUCGCCUAUCACAACGAUCACGAUUUUAGCACCUACGACCAUACAAGUGAUAAAUCGAUUGACGGUUAUCCGUGUGCUCUUACUUUCGGCAGUGGUUGGUGGUUUAACAGAUGCGCCGCUUCAAACUUGAACGGGAAGUAUUAUCUUGGGAACCAUCAGAUUCACAAAUCCACCGGCAUUCUAUGGGAAUUGUGGCAUGAAGAUUAUUCGCUCAAAGCAGCAAAGAUGAUGAUACGUCCGAAGGACGCAUGGAACAAGGACGAGGACGCGACGGAUAAUGAUGCUCCAGUAGAUCCGUAA